AUUUGUGUAAUAUAUUAGUAUUUAGUAAUUAUAAACCCCAUGUAUUUCAGAUUUUAAAUUCUUGACCUCGUGAUUUCAAAAUCAUUGUUUAGUGGAUAGUUGGCUAUCAAUAUAAUUCGUGAUUAAAAUAUUUUCAGUUUAAAUUUAAAAUGGACGCCUUUAUGAUGAUACAACGAAAAAAKCUAACCAUAUUUACUGAUGCUAAAGACAAUAUACUGGUUGAUGAACUCAAAAAGAUUAUUGGAUAUAUCAUUAAAGUACCACCAACAAGUCAACAACUUUACUACAAAGAUGAAAUAAUGGAUGGRACAAAAACAUUGUCAGAAUGUGGUUUGAAUUCUACUAUUGCUAAGGCACAAAGUCCAGCUACUAUUGGUUUAGCAUUGAAGAUGGAUAAUGGAGAAUUUGAGCAACUAGAAAUGGUUCCAUACUCAUUGCCACCAGAAUUGCCAUAUGUCAUGAAAAACCAAGAAACUAAUGGCCAAGAACCACCCAUGUAAAUACUAAUAACUAAAUAACAUGUUCGAAAAUGGGUUUUUUUUAAUGGUUUAUAAACAAGUGAAAAAUUGCAUCUCAGCUUAAACUAAGGAUUUUUUUAUGGUUGCCAAUCGGUUAGUUUUUUUUUAUUAUAUAACCUUAUUUUAUAUUUUAUUUAUAAUCAAUAAACAUGUCUUAAAUAUGAAAAUGGUAACAUAAUCACUAAACAAAUUAAACAACAUACCAAAUUAUUCAAAUUUGUUAAUUUAGACAAUAUACCAAGAAAUCCACUUUGUUAAUGUAACAUUUAAGGUAUUCAAUAUUAAUGUCUAAAAUAUAUUUAAUUUAGUUUGUAUAUU